GGUGGGGGCGUGGCUUGAGCGGCGUCUUCCAGGGCCGGAGCGCGGCGUCGCCGAGGCUGGGACGCGCCGGGGCCCUGUGGAGGGGAGGGUGUACGUUUGCCGGACGCGGCUGCCCGGCAGCGGCACGAUGAGCCUGGCCCUCAGGAAUGAACUCUCAGCAGAUAAAACUAAAAAGAAGAAAAGACGAGAACUGACUGAGGAACAGAAGCAAGAAAUUAAAGAUGCCUUUGAAUUGUUUGAUACAGACAAGGACAGAGCAAUAAAUUAUCAUGAAUUAAAGGUGGCAAUGAGAGCCUUGGGUUUUGAUGUGAAAAAAGCUGAUGUCCUGAAAAUACUUAAAGAUUAUGAUCAAGAAUCAACAGGCAAGAUCACCUUUGAAGAUUUUAAUGAAGUUGUAACAGAUUGGAUAUUGGACAGAGACCCACAAGAAGAAAUACUCAAGGCAUUCAAAUUGUUUGACGAUGAUGACUCUGGUAAAAUAAGUCUGAGAAACUUGCGCCGGGUUGCUAGAGAAUUGGGUGAAAAUAUGUCUGAUGAAGAACUACGGGCUAUGAUUGAAGAAUUUGAUAAGGAUGGAGAUGGAGAAAGGGAAAGAAUCCCCAGAAGGAAUAUUUCAGUAUUUUUAUUUUACCCAAUGGUCACUACCAGACAACACAUAAUAUUCACCAGAUCAUGUACUUGUAUGUAUAUAUAUUCAUAUACAGAUAAAAGAUCUAUCGGGAUUACUCAAGCCUGCCUAUGGUAAUCCAAACCUGGAUCUGAUAAUCUGAGUCAAAUCAGGAAGAAAGAGAGGAGGCUAAUAGGAAACAUGCUGAAAAUAAAGAGGGACCCUGAUUGUGCAAUAUUACAAAAAGAGAUAAACAGUUAAAAACUCGGAGGACAAGUCAAAAGUGUCGUCAUGAGAGAAGGAGCUGCAAAAGCUAAGUAUUCUAAACUAUAAUCAAUAGGAAACUGUUUGGCAAUGUAAGAUUUGCAGUUCUGCACUUGCAAUGGUCCUGAACAGAAGUCAUUGAAGAUUUUCAGAUUUUUUUUUUUUUCAUAGACAAGUUUACAAAGUGUCUAAAUCAGUUCUUUUACAACAAAACUGUUUUCUGUCAAUACUUGCUUUUCAGUUUCACCUUAAUUAGGUAAUAUUUGUGACAGAAAGUUUUGAAAUUGUCAAUUAGGCCAACCAAGGAGUCAUAUGAGCACAAAACUGGAAUAAGAAAGGAUGUGAUAUAGUGCUGUUCCAUGCUUCCAGUUGGAAGGGAGCUCCACGCGUCAGAAAUGCAAAGGGUCAGGGCAUACCCUGUUUUCUUUGGGUCUUAACUCAUUAGGGAUUUUCCAUGGGAAAGAAAAAAAGAUAAAAUAUCUUCUGAUGAGAAGUUCUAUUUGGUUUGCUUAUUCCUCUCCCUUGCCUAUUCAUGUUCUUUCAUGUUCACUCUUCCAUGGUCAGUGCAUUCAGUACAGGUGAAAUUUCCCCUCUCUAGGUUUGGCACUUAUUUUCCAAGCUAAUUUAUUUAGCAGUCUUCCUUAACCCUGGUCUUCUAAACAAAAUGCGCAUCAUCACAUGAAGUGGGCUUGUAAAAUAGUUCUCUCAAACCAAUAUAUAUCAAAGUCUCAUGCAUGUCCAUUUACAUGAAGAUUUUUCAAUGGCUUGUCCUGAGAUUUUGCCUGUCGUUCUCUUCAAUACGACCUUAAAUAUUUAAUCAGGUCUUAAAACACAAGAUUCUAUCAAUUUACUUAAAGUUGGAGUGUGGGGAUUUCUACUUCCCGUUAAUUUAUAGCUUUCACGCUCAAUUGCACAGCAGCUCUACUUUUGGAGAGAGCCUGGAUUUAAAAAAAAAAACACUUAUUUUUAAGCCAAAAUGUCACAUACAUUGUGUUUCUCCACAUUAUUUUAGAUUCCUUGGUCACCUUCAAGAGCUAGCUAAUGACAGCAUGCUGCAGACAGCUGGCCUCCUAGAUUACACCAUUUACUUCCUGUCUGUUCAUAUGGGUAUCAUUCUUGGACACAACCCCAAAGUGAGUAAUUUCUUACAAUAUGAAAAAAAAGUGUGGCUUUGUGAGACAGAGGAACUUUAAGGUCCCUUUAAGAAGAGAGUUAAUCUCAGCAAUCUGUUCACAGGGUUAAGAAAGGUAUUACUGGAAGGAAAAAGUGUUUUUCUAGAGUUUUUUUCUUUCUUUUUUCCCUCCUUCUCCAUGUUGCAAAUAAGUUUUUGGGUUUUUUUCCAGGGAACAAAGGCUUGUCCGUGAAGUCAUAAGCCUACGCAUAUCAGUGGUGGUUUGGGAGGGUCUAACACAGGCUGUAUUGUGUGCUGCCUGUAGCUAUCCCCAUGUGUGGCUUAGUGAAGUUCUAUUAAAGGCCAGCACUGCACAAGUGGGAUUUGAUUUUCACCCACAGGCCAUGCUGCUUCUGUCACAGGCAGUGUGUCAUUGGCUUGAAAGGCAUACUUUGAGUGCCUUAAGAUAAGGCGGAGCAAAUGCCUCUUUGGGAGUAAACAUAAGAUAAAAUCUCUGGCACAUGAGGAUGUGAUCAGUAGGGAAGUGCCAGUUUCUCUACCAAAAUUCUCUGCUAUGUUGGUGAACCCAGAGGCGCACUAAUGACGUCUACACAUGAUAAAUGUUUUCCAAAGAACUGAAUUUUCUAUCUAGCCAAUAUUGUGUUUGAUGAUGUUGGAAGUCCAAGUCAUUAUUGAAAUUGUUCUUUCCACCUGCUCCCUGUGCAGGCAUCUGCUCUGUAUGGUGUGUGGGAGUCCUUCCUCCCUUCCCACAUUUCCAGUCUUGACCCCAGGCUCUCCACCUCAGGAAUGCCACCCUUGUCUACAGCAGACCAACAACCAUAUGAUAGUAUUUUGAGUGGAUGUUUUUUGGGUUCCAUAGGCACUAGAGGACUUGUAUCCUUGUGCAUUUCAGUUUGUUGGGCACACUUGGCUCCUCCGACCCCCUCCAGUUCCUGCAGCAACAAGCUGUCACCAUGCUGUUGUCAGGAGAUGCUCCCCACCUUACCUCCAUGUUUCCUUUGAACCUCUGAAAUGUUCCCCUUGUCUCUUUCCUACAUCUUAAAAUGUAGGUGAGCAUCAGAAGUAAAUUUAGAGGUUUCUCAUCAAGUUUUUUCUGCCCAUUUUUAUUUGGCUGAAAGUCACUGCAGCAGUAAUAAAUCUGUAAUCACAGAAAGACACUGCUGAAAAGAAUUAAUCUUGAUAUGGCGUAAGCCUUCAUGCCUGUUUCUGUGGGCCUCCUUAUUGAUAUUUGAGGAAUAUUAAGGGUAGACCACCAAUUUUUACUACUGUAAGAAAGGAAAAAAAACAAAGAAACAAAAGCAACUGUGUGAUUGCUCAGAAAACAAAUGAUAGUGGUUUGUUCAUUUUAGAAAUAGUAUUAAUAUUCCUGGAAUGAUUGUAAAUAGCUUGAAAUAAGCUAGCAUACAUAGCAGCAAUUUGUAAAUAAUUCUAUCUCCUAUUUUAUUUAGAUUUAUACAAUAUUAGCUGUAAAAAGUCCAAUAAUGACAAGAACUGUGGGAAAAUAUUUUUCAUUAGGAAACUAUUUACUGGAAAUUUAAUCUAUUACUGAGCUGUGUGAAUGUACUGACCAUUCGGUGUAAAACAAAGCAAAUACUCAGGUUGUGAAAGUUUCUUUUCUCUCUCUGUGACUUUCCUAAUGUUGCCAUAACUGGAUUUUUUGCAUUGGUUUCUGUGGUCUGCAGCUAUGUACAGCAGAAGAAAUUGUGGGCAUCUUUUAAGCUGAGAAAGUAUUUUUAGAUGUUUUGUGGGCUGUGUAUCAUUUAUUUUAUAACGCAGAGUUAGCAAGGAAUGUAUGAAAUAUAUUUGUGCCUUUUGAGAAUAUUUUAGGAACAUCCAUUCUGACACGUGGAAUAUAUUUUACAGAGAUGUAAGUUACAUCAUUAUAAAAUUAUAUAUUAAGUAAACAUCACCACAAAAAAAAAGCCAACAAAAAAAGCACAUGAACAAAAUUGUUUGAACUCUGAAGUAUUCAACCUUGAAAAGAAUGGAAGCUUUCACUAAAUGUCUUUUGCUUUCCUUUCAAAGAAAGCUUUUGGAGGAGUGGACAACCUGGGAUUUUUCUAUGAAUUAUUGUUGUAUCAGUGACUAUGUUAAUGCCAGUUGCAUUACUAGCUGACUGUUCCUCUAGCCUUAUAACAUCUUUCAGACAUGUACCAGUUUCCUUGGCUUACCCUCUCUCUUGGCUUCCAGAAAAGGAGGUAGGAGAAGGACCUUGUUGGAUUUUUUUCCUUACAGAAAAAGUUGAAAUGUGUUGGUAAUAUGAUUUUUAAAAAAGGGGAAACAAAGCAGAAUUAGAAUAUAUGUUUCUUAAUAUGGAAAACUGAGCUGUUUAUAUUUUUCUUAAUGUCAUUGCAGUCAGUGGGUUGGGAGGAGGGAAUUUCCAGCUUUCCUUCUCUUUUACUGGUGACUGGGUGCAUUGGUUGCAUAAGGGUAAGCUAUAGUUUUUAUUUUGGAAGCAGUAAAAAAAAUAAAUUUAAACAUUCUCCCUACUCACAAAGAAUAUCUGGGAAAACUAAAUGGAAAAACCUUCUCCAAAUUUACCUUGACAGAGGUACCAGCAUGGGAAGCACAGGUGAGCUCUGCAAGAACUGUGAGCUUUGUGAGGACAGAGACUGCAGCUGCGUAUCUCAAAACACUGUUGAAGAAAGAAGUUCCCAUAGGAUAAACCACCACAACAGGAACUUGCAACAAGCACAACAGGAAGGCUUGAAUUUCAGUUCUAAUGAAGGGGAAGAUUUGGAAUUAGCACAUUGGACAAAAUUUUACUGUACAUACUGUGGGAACUUCAAAUAAGUCCUAUCAGGACAAAAAUUAACAUGGCGGCAAACUGUAAGAAAGGAAGCAGCUGGUUACACAGAUGCCAGCCCAAGCUCUGGGAAUGGCUUUCCCACUCCGUUAAUACCUAGGACCCAGCUGUAUAAAAGUGGUUCCUCCAGAAGAACUAUUCCAGGACCCCCACCACCAAAGACUAAGGAACAUGAGGAAGGACCAGUGGGAUGGUAUGGGAAUCCACAGGUGAUGAUAACUUUCUACCUACUUGCUCUCUCUCAUUCCCCUGUGCCCCUACUUUUCUCCUGUUUCUUUCUGUUUCUCUACUUUACAUUAACUGUUAUACAAAAUUCCAUAUUACUGUCUUCUGUGUGUGGUCUUGUUUGCAACUUAAUGCAGGCAGAGGCAUCUCUCAUAAUCAUAUCAUAAAAACACUUACAAAAUAUCAGGAGGUGGUUUCCACAAUGAUCUCUCCUGUUCCAGGCUCAGUCCUGUUCUAUUCUGGACAUUCGGUAUUAAAUUUGGAUACCUGAUGGGCAACAGAAGCUAAGCUAUGGACCCAACCGAUUUAUAUGGUGGUGACUCAGCCAUGUUACUUUUUUCCUCAAAAAUGGAAAAAUAAAUAUAAUUUUGAGUUUAUUAUAAUGAUUUAAUUUUGAAACCAGUCUGGAAAAGUCAAUAAGUUGGUGUUUUUCUCCUUUUAAAUAAAUAUGAGCUUCCCAGGGAGGAGACGUUCUUUACCUACCACCUUUUUGUGUGAUUUUCGCCAGGAGGCCAUGGUGAUACGCCCUGAAGGCUUUCUUGGUGUUCUGAGGUUUGGUCAUCCUUUUUUGGCAAGGGGUGUAGUGGGCAGGCUCACUGGUGUUGUAAAGCAUUAUUUUUGCUUAUAGAAAACAUGACCAAUUUUACUCCUGUGCUUGCAGAUUUAGUGCCAGACUGUACAGGUGCCUAUUUGCAGAGGCCGUUGACCUUUGCACUGCACUUAUGCAAACCCUGGCCAGAUACUCAUUUUGAAGUCACUACUCAGACAAGGAAGGUCUAGUGAAAAGGAAUGUCUCUGAACUGAAAAUUUUCCAUCCAGAUCUCAAGAGAUUUCUUGUAGUGACUGCUUCUGGUUGGAAAUAACUAUUCUUAGAUACUUUUAAAAUUUCUGCUAUCAAAAUGAGCCACAAUGUUUCACCUGCUAAAGCAAAACAAAAAAAAGAAAACCGUCAUAAAAAUGUAGCUAUUCUGUCACACCUCACAGAAAGGUAGCUAUUCUGUCAAACUUCAGUGAGUUUCCAAAAUGUUUUUUCUUCUAACCAGAGAAACUGACCCAUCCCUUUCGCUAACCACUGGAGAAGCUGAAAAUAUCUACUAAAAAGUGAAUUUCUUAACUUAAAAUGUUGCAUCUCCCCUAGUAACACCACAGCUAAAAGCAGUCAGGUCUGCCCUCAAGGCAGAGCUUGAUUAAACUUUGCCAGACUCUUGUGGUGCUGCCAAGCAAUCCCAACACAGUCCUGUGUUCUGGACUGAACCUCCAUACAGCUAGGAACUGUCUGGGAAUUCAGUUCUAUAAAUCCUGAGGCUAAAACUAAAUGGAAAAAUGUUUUGCAAGAAUGUAUUUAAUUCUCUGAGGACUCAGACACUAUAAUAAGAUCAUGCUACAGAGGUCACAUAUAAAUCACAGGAAGCUGUCUGGUCUUCUCCUUGUCUUCCUAUGUGAAAAAAACAAUUAUAUCCUCUGCUUGCAUAUCACAAGGCUAGUUUUCUCUGAUUAAUAUAAUGAAACUGCGUAACAUUUCUCACUGGCUUCUGUACAGAGCCACUCUUCAAUGAAUAUUGUGUGAUUCGAUGGAUUCUUCCAUAAUCUGUGUGGAUCAUCACAAGCAGCAGCCACAGGCUACAGUCUUUAAAAAAAAAAAAAAAACAGAAUGAUAAUAAAUUCAAAUUACUUAUUUUCAAAUGAAACUGACAGCAUGUUAAGCUGUGAGACAAAUUUCCUUCUAUUAAUACAUUAUACAUUAAUACACACUUUGUUUUCCAGUGGUCUAGAAGUAAUUGUUAAAGGAUUAGUAGCAAGGGAAUAAAAACACAGAGCAAAUAAUAAGUAGAUUCCUACUUACUGUUACCCUACUUGGCCUGCAGACUCAGCUGGUGCUGUACAGAAGACGUGGCAGAAAUACUCACAAGCAUCAGAUGAACUUGCCUAAAAGUAAUUAAUGCAAUCAAGGAGGAGUGUAGGGCACUGAAUAAAGAGUGCAGAAAGCCCAGUAUUAGGUAGACCUGACCUUAGAGACAGUGAAAUUUACAUUGACAUGCUUAAAUCCUAGUUCUUGAUUCAUUGAAUUUUUCAUAUUUUGUAUUCACACUCUUUGAGGAUGCUUCAGAGUGAAGAAAAAGAAGAGUAAGGAACCUGGCCUGCUGGAUUUAAGUAGACAAGAUAUGCAGCUGCUGGAAAGAGAGCAUUAGCACAGACUAAUCGGCAGCUUGCAGAGGACAAAGCUCUCUGGGGGAUAGUUUAGAGCUUCUUCAAGUGCCUAAAGGGGCUAUAGGAGAACAAUUCUUGUUGUUCAGAUGGUGAGACACUAGCACAGAUUGUCCUGAGAAACUGUGGUUGCCCCAUCCCUAGAAAUGUUCAGGAGUAGUCUGGAUUAGGCUUUGAGCAACCUGAUGAAGUGGAAGAUGUCCCUACUAUCCAUGGAAGUAGGAUUGGAAUUCAAUAACCUUUCAGGUUAAUUUCCAAAGCAAACUAUUUUAUUAUUCUGUAUCUAUCUCUCCUACAAACCUGACCUUUACCACAGGACAUUUUGAAAUAGAUUUAUCUAUCUACACUUGAAUCUUUCCAGAAAUCUACGUCUAGUGGAGUAUCAUACAGGCAACA